AUGUCCGUGGACCGGCGCAAGAUCGCCGUGUUCAGUGCGGCCUUUGUGCUGCGUCUGGUUCUGAUCUGCUUGUUUCCUUCGCUGCCUGAUCUGUUGACGGGUCGUGUCGAGGUGUCCACCCCCGUCAACAGCUUCAAGAGACUCCAAGAGGGCUUGUUCCUCUAUACGCGAAAUGUCUCGCCGUACGACGGUGGCGUUUUCCACCAGGCCCCUCUCCUGUUACCGCUCUUCGCCCUCCUACCAGAUACACAGCUCCACCCUUUGCCCACAGCCAUAUUCUACAUACUCGUCGAUCUGGUCAAUGCCCAAGCGUUGGCCACCAUCUCGGAAUCCGGCCAGUCCGUCAAGUCACGAUUACAUUCGGCAAUUCGGAAGCAUAUUCGAUGGGAUGGAGUGUCGGUGGCAGCAUGGUUCCUGUUCAACCCUUUCACCAUUGCAACCUGCUUAGCCCGGUCCACGAGCGUGUUCACCGCAUCGGGGAUUCUGUUCGCCGUCUCCAAUGCUGUCUCUGGGAAUACGGUGAACUCAAUGCUAGCCCUAGGGUUUGCAUCCUACCUGUCUCUGUAUCCGGCUUUGCUAUUUGUCCCAUUGGUCCUGCUCUGCCUUGAUCAGCGAGUGCAGGGACAACCGCAGGUUCCGAGUGUCGCCUUGUUCGUGAUCCAGCACGGCGCCAUGCUGGUGGGCAGCGUAUCAGCACUGCUUGGUCUCUCCUACUUGAUUACCGGCAAUUUUCGGGAAUUCAUAUCCGCCACCUAUGGCUUCCACCUUUUGGUGCCAGACCUGACCCCCAACUCGGGUCUGUGGUGGUACUUUUUCAUCGAGAUGUUCGACUCCUUCCGCGAGUUCUUCCUUGGGGUCUUCUGGCUUCACCUUGCCAGCUAUGUCGGAGGUCUCACCGCGCGACUGAGACGGCAGCCUCUGUUCGUCAUCACCUCGCUCCUUGGUGUCUUUGCCAUCUUCAAGCCAUACCCGAGCAUUUCGGAUGCGUCCUUGUUCCUUGCUCUGCUGCCCCUUUACCGACAUCUGUUCCCCCUGAUGCGGUAUACCUUCUUCGCCAUCGCCGCACUCCUAUAUUCGAGUCUCCUCGGCCCCGCCUUUUACCACUUGUGGAUCUACGCAGGAUCCGGUAAUGCCAACUUCUUCUACGCCAUUACCCUCGUUUGGAGUCUGGGGUUGUCUAUCCUGCUCGCAGACGCGGUGUUUGCCGCGAUCCGCGACGAGUGGGAGCAGGAGCAUCCCGAAGCGCAAGGCCAGCAGGUGAAACAGGUGUAA